UCAACAUCUCUCUGCUGCGCUUCAACCAUGGUGAACGUACCAAAGACUAAGAAGACUUACUGCAAGUCUAAGGAAUGCAAGAAGCACACCUUGCAUAAGGUGACCCAAUAUAAGAAGGGGAAGGACAGCUUAGCUGCCCAAGGAAAGAGGCGUUAUGAUCGCAAACAGUCUGGUUAUGGUGGACAGACAAAGCCUGUUUUCCACAAGAAGGCUAAAACCACCAAAAAGAUUGUGCUGAGGCUGCAAUGCCAGGGCUGCAAGCAUGUGUCGCAGCAUCCUAUCAAGAGAUGCAAGCAUUUUGAAAUUGGCGGGGACAAGAAGGGAAAGGGAACCUCCCUGUUUUAGACGACAAGUGGUUAAAAACUUUAUUUUUGUUACUGUACUUUGCCUUUGCAGACUUAUUUUGGUUAAAAUUUGUUCUCGGUUAACAUUGCAUUGUUUCUAAUGACAUUAAUAGAAUUCUGUUUUAAAGUGUGAUA